GAGCGAGAACCUUAGUCCCCCUCGCGGUCCCAUUUCCACUCCGACAAGAUGAAAGAAACGAUCAUGAACCAGGAAAAACUCACCAAACUGCAGGCACAAGUGCGCAUUGGUGGGAAAGGAACUGCUCGUAGAAAGAAGAAGGUGGUUCACAGAACAGCCACAGCAGACGAUAAAAAACUGCAGUUCUCCUUAAAGAAGUUAGGGGUAAACAGUAUCUCUGGUAUUGAAGAGGUGAACAUGUUUACAAACCAAGGAACAGUGAUCCAUUUUAACAACCCUAAAGUUCAGGGGUCUUCGGCAGCAAACACCUUCACCAUUACAGGCCACGCCGAGACAAAGCAGCUGACAGAAAUGCUUCCCAGCAUCCUCAACCAGCUUGGUGCAGACAGUCUGACCAGUUUGAGGAGACCGGUGGAAGCUCUGCCCAAGCAAUCUGCGGAUGGAAAAGCACCACUUGCUACUGGAGAGGAGGAGGAGGAUGAAGUUCCAGAUCUGGUGGAGAAUUUUGAUGAAGCUUCUAAGAACGAGGCAAACUGAAUCGAAGCGACUUCUGAAGAAGGUGACACUUGGCAGAAGUUACAAUAGGAGCUGCUGUUUUAUAUCAUGACUGCUUUUUAAACAUUUUUUGUUUAUUAUGGAUCUGAUAAAAUCUAGAUCUCUAAUAUUUUUAAGCCCAAACCCCCUGGACACUGCAGCUCUUUUCAGUUUCGCUCAAGCCUAAUUCAUUCUUUGCAGCAAAUUAAGCUGAAGACGCCUGGGAAUAAAGUUUGGAAAAGGUUAAUAAAAUUCUUUGCCUAGUAAAAAAAAAACAACAA